CCUCUAAAAAAAUCAAUUAUAUCAAAAAUGGAAGAUAAUAAUGAUGUUCAUGAGUGGGAAUUCUUACCUGAUGAAGGAUUUCUCCAAAUCCAUGAUGAUCAUCAUACCGUAAACAAGAUCUUCUCCAGUAGAUACUCUCCCUAUAAUAAUCAUCUCUUCGUCACUAAUUACUUCGUCUUCCCCUCUGUUAGAUCAUCUCUAAAUCUUCCCGAUCCAAAACAGAUCCAUCUCCAGUCUCCUUCCGAUCAAAUUUCCCUACUAGAACUCGAAUUGGAACAGCCGGAUGAUGAUGAUGAUGAUGAAGAAAUAGUUUCUGAUCAUGUUUCCUUCAAGAAAUUAAUAGCCAAGGAAAGUGAAUUCGCUGACAUGAAAUUAGAUUCGCCAAAGAUGAUGAGGACGGUGUUGCCUCAAAUCGAUUUGGGAGCUUUGAUCCAGUAUGAAUUAGAUGAAGCUAGUAGCGAAAUCCAUACUAACAAAGAUGAUGAUCAUCAUCCGAAGAACAGCAACAAUUGGAGACGGAACUUAACUGGAAUUGGAGCAAUUUGUUCAUUUGGAGUUGUAGCUGCAGCGGCAACUUUCUGCUUCAUAAUCCUUGGGAUCAAACGGAAGAACAAUAGAGGAGGAGGAUAUUCAAAGCUUCAGUUUAAGAUCUUCUCAGAUGAUAACAAGGAACAUCAUAAGAAUUCAAUCUCAAUGCCUGUUUCAGUCACUAGAGCUCAUAUAUCAUUCAAUCUUGAAUGUUGAUCAUCUGUAAUAUAUUUCUAUUUCAUAUUGUAGAAUCAAUACAAACAAUAUAUUUAUAAUA